AUGAAGGGUUUGUUAGGCAUAGCUCAUAAGGGGAAUUGCUUCCAAAACGCAACGAGGUCCUGCGUACGCAAUCUAUUAGCUAGUUUACGCCUCUUGAAGCAUAUUCUUCUUCGAGGCUCGCUUACUAAUUCCGCCAAUCAGAUCGUCGCAUCCCAUCCGAAGUUGGAUCUUGCCCACCCAAACUUGGAUCAUCUCAUCCCAACUUGUAUCUUGCAAUCAGGCAAAACUCUUUCUUCAGAUGUGCUGUCACCAUUUGCAGAAACACAUGAUGCAACAUUAUUCCUUACCUGA